AUGGGCAAGCGCGUUUUCGUUGAGAUUUCUGAGACUGAGUGCAUCGUCACACCUCGAAAGAAAGCGCCCCGACGCCUGAAGCUGGCACAGUCAGUGCCAAAGGAGGCAAAGCUCAAGGAGGGCAACCCGCAGGAAGCUCCAAGCCCCACGAAGUCCUUAGGCUCCAAGAUCUUGGCUCAUACGCCCAGUCGGAUGGAUGACAUUCGGGAGGAGCAGGAGCGACGUUUCAGGGUGGCCGUUUGCCAAAGUACGGGAGCCAUUCUUCGUGCCGUGCUGCCAUUCUCUGACCUGCCAAAAGCAGAGAUCUACGCCUACCAUGCAGUGCAACACUAUUUCAUGUACCGAUCCUUCCGCCACACAAACUUCCAAGUUGCCACCCUGACCGCUGCCUCCAAAGCCCUGAAGGAUAGCGGCAGCGCGCUGUCUGAAGAUGAUUUGAUAGAGGAGUUGCGAGCACAGCACAGCGGCACAGAGGCGGGUCUCGAAGUGUACCCUCAAGAAGUUCGUGAGGAGAUGGCGCUGCUGGAGGAACACAUGAAAUCAUGGGACGGCAAUACCAGAUACGUUGACCUCCUAAGCACCGUGGAAGAUGGCAUGAAUCAACUGCUGCAGGCGCUUUCAAAGGAGGACCUCAAGGCAGUGACCAUGCUCGCUUUGAAGGAGAAAGCGCAAGACUUCGCCGUGAAUGCAAUGCUUGGACCUGCCUCACUGGUGUUUCGGCCCGAGGCGCUGGCAGCUGUUGCAGUUGCCAUGGGGGCGCGGUGGAUCUUUAGAGAGUUGCAGGAUGAGAUCCUGAAACAGAUCCUACAGGACAAGAGCCCAGAGUUUCAACAAGAGAUCAGGCAAGCUAUGAAGGAGGUCUUGCUGACGCUGAGGACCGGGUUUGGUUGA